GGCGGCUGCGCGCUGGCUGGAUGGCUGGUACGUCAGCGGCGGGAUGGCUGUAGCUGCGGUGGCGGCGGCGGCAGGCAGCGCGGCCCCGGCGGUGGCGGCAGCAGCGGGGCGGGGGGCAGUGUAAGAUGGCGGCGCUGCGGGAGGGGGGCAGGUACGGCGUGUCCUGCGGCAGGGUCAUCCAGGACAACAUCACGGUGCUGCACGUCAAGCUGACCGAGACCGCCUUCCGGGCUCUGGAGAGCUACCAGGGCAACAAGAAUCGUAUUCCUUCUCGACCCUCAAUCCAAUUUCAAGGACUCCAAGGGCUUGUCAAAAUUCCUAAAGCUGAUCUCCCAAAUGAAGUGCAUAACUUUAACUUCUACUUGUCAAAUGUUGGCAAAGAUAAUCCUCAGGGAAGCUUUGAUUGUGUCCAGCAAACUGUCUCAAGUUCUGGAGCCUCGCAGCUCAAUUGUCUGGGAUUUAUACAGGAUAAAAUUACAGUAUGUGCAACAAACGACUCUUAUCAGAUGACAAGAGAACGCAUGACCCAGGCAGAAGAAGAAUCUCGCAACCGCAGUACAAAGGUCAUAAAACCUGGUGGGCCAUUUGUAGGUAAAAGAGUACAGAUUCGGAAAGCACCACAAAGUAUUCCAGAUGCAGUGCCCGAGAGGAAAAGGUCAACACCCAUCAAUCCUGCAAAUACAAUACGAAAGACCCACGUAAACAACAGUGUUUCUCAGCGACCAUAUAGAGACAGGGUGAUUCACUUACUGGCACUGAAGACCUACAAGAAACCAGAGCUACUUGCUCGCUUGCAGAGAGAUGGCGUUAAUCAAAAAGACAAGAACUCCCUUGCAGCUAUCCUUCAGCAGGUAGCCAACUUGAAUCCCAAGGACAACUCUUACACUCUGAAGGAUUAUGUAUUUAAAGAGAUCCAAAAAGAUUGGCCUGGAUACAAUGAGAUAGACAAACAGUCAUUGGAGUUAGUACUUUCUAGAAAACUAAAUUCAUCUCAGAAUGCCACCAGCACCAGUCAUUUGGAAUCUCCUCUAAGUUCUUCUAAAGAUGCUGCAUCUGCUUCUCCUUCCCAGAAACGGCUGUUGGAUUCAGAUUUUAUUGAUCCUUUAAUGAAUAAAAAACCAAGAAUAUCUCACCUUACCAAUAGAGUUCAACCAACAUUAAAUGGUCACUUGACUGCUUCCAACGAGAGAGCUACUGCACCACCACCACCACCACCACCACCUCCCCCUGCAGCCGCUGCCACCCCGACUCCUCCAACGCUUCCUUCAACUCGCCUUCCUGUUUCAAAUCCUCCUCAGCCGGUGAACUCUAACUCCAAUUCCCCUAGCACUCCUGAAGGCCGAGGGACUCAAGACCUGCCUGUUGAUAGUUUUAGUCAGAAUGGCAACAGCAUCUUUGAGGACCAGCAAGAAAAAUAUACCUCUAGGACUCCUUUGGAAAUGCCAGCACCCACUGCAGUUGAGUUAGCAUGUCCAAAGUCAACAGAUGAGGUACAUUCAGUGUUGCACAAAAAAUCCAAAAAGAAGUCAAAAAAACAUAAGGAAAAGGACCAAAUCAAAAAACAUAACAUGGAGAGUAUGGAAGAAAAGGAGAAAGACCUUAAGAAAGAAGGAAUUGUCAAGCUGAAAAAUUCCAGUUUGGAUUCAAGUGAAGGUGUUAAAGAGACUUGCACUGACUCUACAGAUCCUUCAUCAACAAGUGAACUACCAGACUACUUUGUAAAAUAUAUAGCUAUUGUCUCAUAUGAGCAACGCCAGAGUUACAAGGAUGACUUCAAUGCAGAGUAUGAUGAAUACAGAAGCUUACAUGCCAGGAUGGAGAAUGUCACUAGAAGAUUUAUGAAACUUGAUGCUCAGCGUAAGCUCCUUUCUCCAGGAUCUAAGGAGUAUCAGGUUUUCCAGGCUUUGGGAGGGUGGGAGAAGAUCCCUCCCCUUAGACGUAGGCAAGGCCUUACGUUAAGUAGCACGUGGCUGCACAAUAUUUUACAGGGGGCAUUGAGAAGGUGGCUAUACAAGAGGAUCUUCAAACAUAGCCACUUCCCCUCCAUGGCCUUAUCGCAGCUUUGUCUGCAGACUUGCUCUUCUCCACAGCAGGAGGGUGACCAGAGAAUAAAGGUAGUUCAUGAGGAAGUCCUAAAGGAAUAUCGGAAGAUCAAACAGUCCAGUCCCAACUAUCAUGAGGAAAAGUACAGAUGUGAAUAUCUUCAUAACAAACUGGCUCAUAUUAAAAGACUAAUAGGUGAAUUUGACCAACGACAAGCAGAGUCAUGGCACUAAAGCUCUGCUUGGACCAGAUGAUGUGAAUAAACUUAAGCUUAUUUAUUUAAAAUUCCAAAUGAGUUGCUCUAAGAUUCUAAAAAGAUUAAACUUUUGCAUUACAAAAGUUUCAGUAUUAGCAGACUUGAGUUACUACUUUUGUUGUUGAGGUUGCUUCUCUGCAUAUUUGAAGCUGCUUUUUUCUGGUCCCUUCUUUUCCUUAAGACUUAUAUUUGUCCAUGGAAAUCAUUUUACCAGUAGAUACUGGGGACUUUUGAAGUUCUGCACAUUUAAAAAAAAAUGUAGCAAGUUGAAAUGCUUUUGGAUAAAUAUAAGCCUGUUUUCUUGUUAAUGCAAACUCUUUGCCUUAAACGGUAGAAGGUUUAAAAUUUGCACAAAAUUUUUAAAGGAAGUGAAAACAUUGUUUUGGAGGGUUAAAAAGAGGUGUGUGUGUAUAUAUAUGAAAGCUAUAUACAGCCUCUUUAUCGACAACAGUAACUUACCCCUGCAAUUUAAACCCCCAUUGCAAUGGUUGCCUUAAGGUGUUUGCUUGUGUGUGCUUAGUGUAGUUAAAUUAUUAGCUACACUGCUUCCCAUUUUAUUAAAACAACGGGAAGCACUCUGUGGCCUACCAGCGUCUGAAAGCGUGUGCUUGUACUGUAUGUGUGCAAGGUUGUAUGGGUGUGAGCAUGAUGGGGGGAGAAAAAAAGCUGCUACUUGAAGUAGGCCGAACGCUCAGGUUAAAACAACUGAGGAGUGUUGCUGUAGGUUUUUUCCUAUAAAAUUUACUUCUAUUGUGGAAGAUGAAAGCAUUUCCAUUUCAACAGUUUGUCAGCUUUAUUAAUGUCGGGGGAAAUUGAUACUUUACAAAAAAUUAAACAGAUCUAUAGUUUUUGGGCAAAAUUAUAAAAUUUGACAUGUAGGUGACCUAUUUAUAUACUGCUAUAAAGUAUUUUUUUGAAGAGAGAUAUGCCAAGAAACUAUUGCCUACAUGAAAUGUAUAUUUAAAGAGUUUUCUCCUGGGUGCCAGGAAUAUAACAAAGAACAGAUAUAUUUAACUAUAAAAUACUGUGAUCAUCAAACAGCACAAACUUUCAUUUCAUGCAGAUUAUUGGUUUAAUUUGAUUUAAACCAUCACUUUAUCAUGUGGGAACAUAAAUUAUUUGGUCAAAAAAUUAAGCAUUUUGAAUUAAUUUUUGUUUACUUGUCUUACUGUAUUUGUCUUCUCAAAGUGCUGCCAAUUGAAAAGGGAAGCAUUAUGUUUACAAAUCUGGUUUUGGAAUGUUUGCCAAAAUUUUGGUAGUAUCUUUAAUAAACUUUAUCUCCAGCAUCAGAACAAUUGUUGUGUAUCACUGUAAACCAGAAAAUGUUUUCUAGAAUUGCCAGAAAGUAUACACUAAAAUAACUGGAACAGUGGAGUUUGCCUUUAGUGUCAGUCCUUCUGAUACAUUAACUAGAAAGAUUCAAUAGAUUAGAGGACAAGUCCCUCGUAAUCAGAUCUUUGUUACAGUUACACUACAGAUAUGUACAGAUUUCACUGCUUUAGUAUAGAGUUGAAGUCUCUAACACAAUAUGUUGAGAUUUCAGGUGCUUUUGCCUGAUUAAUUUAAUUGGUACAAUCACCAUGUUAAGUUUUGAAUUACUUGAAUGUUAAAAGUGUAAGAUGCAAAGGAAAUUGCAUGCCUCCCAUUGAAAUAAAUGUCUUUUAGGGCUGAAUUAGAUCCCAGACAUGUUAUGAAAGUAAUGUGUAAAUUUAAACACAAUGCCUUGUCACUUGACUUCAGUUUUGAUAUAACAACUUUAGAGGUUGGUCCAUCAGCAAAAAUGAAAUCACAAUGGCUGUAUUGUUCAAGCUGAACAAAUAAUGUAUGGUUCUAAAAAUGGGCUGUUUUAGGCAAUAAAUGUUCUUGUAUCUGAAAUGUAACUGCAGGGCAAAGCACAGCCUUGUAACAUCUAUUCUGUUGUUACUCUAGAGCAGUGACAGUAUGUGUAGUAAUUAUCUCAGUGCCUACUUUGUUUGUAAUACCAUCACUUUAUAAAUUAGCCUACUGCAAUUGAAGCAUUCAUGUUGUCUUUUUGUGCAAAAGGAGUCACCUGCGCUGGCACACAUCUUCUGGUUUACAGGUAUCUAUUGCAGCUGGAGGUUAAUCUUUCAUAGAGGUCCAGCAUUGUUUAUCAUUAGACCUGACAAACUACUGUAAAACCCUUAAUUUAAAUUUUGUUCUUUGCAUUGAGCGUUUCUCAAGCCUUGCAAAUAUACCCAAUAGCCUAUGUAUGGCAAAAUUCAACAUAUCUGCUGUUUCCCUGGAGUCUGCAUUCCUGUUGAAUAAAUGUCAGAGCCUGUUGAAGUAAGGCCUCUAAUAGUAUUGCCCUUCCUGUAAAAUUUGCCCACUCACUCAAACAGAUUCAACUUUUUGCAAAUGGUGGCAAAACUUGGCUUGAGUUAUGCUACUGUUAAGUCAACACCUAUGUAGGUUUUAGAGAAAUGGUGAAGGGGAAUCAGUGUGUGUCUGCUUUUAGGGAACCCAAUGAGUCUUGCAUUUAAAUACACUGUGAUAAAAUAUUUGAAACACCAUUUUGAUAGUUUCUGUCAAAGGGAAUGAAUAGCUGCCCACUAUUGGCAAACAAUUCAUACACAAAGGGGAUCAUUUUUCAGUGUUACUAGGUUGUUAGUCUGAUGGGAGGAAUUGAGGGGAGGAGAGUUAGCGCAUUUUUAAAAUUGUAGAGGUUAAGUGGUGGUUUUGAGAACAUAAGUUCUCUCUCUGCUGGCUACUUUGAAUUUUUUUAAAAUUUGGUGUUAAUUUUUCUAAGUAUCCAGUUGAUUUUGCAAGUUUUACAAUAAUUUCCCCCUCAAACUAUUUAACCAAGAUACUAUGUAAAGCAUAUGCAGACAUAAGUGUUGGAGGCACAUUACUUAACGGGCCUUAAACAAAAAUUGGAUUGAUUAAGCAGUUCAAAUACUGUAACUUUUACUUUGAAAUAAUAGUAAUAGCACAGCCAGUCUCUGUUUCUGGCAGUGUAAAUGUGCAUUCAUUCCAUAUGGACUUGCUGUUUGCGUUUGCUACUUGGAAGUCUCCUUACAGCUAAUUAUUUUCAUAAGUGUUACUAAAUGAUUUCUUCAUGUGUACCUGAUGGGAAGAGAUGUAGGUAGCACUUUGGUAGCCUUUUCAGUUUUGGGGAAGGAUAUCAAACUGACAUUGCUAAAGAAGACCGGGAAUGUCAGACAGCACCGUGGUAAUGUGAAGAAAAACAGGGCUGGAAUCCCCCUUUCUGCCUUUUUUGAAGCGUUGUUUUAAAACAACAACUAUUUUUCAGUAAUUCCACACAGACUAUGUUAAGAGUCAAAGUGAAACACCCUGGGGCAUUUUGUUAACUAAUGAACACUUGAGCCAUUGUUGCCCCUCUGUUCUACACCAAUUUAAGUUCAAUAAAAUGUAAACUUUGCAAUUCUGA